AGUUAGGAAUCUGUCUGAAGAUACAAUCAUGGGAAACUGCCUCUUCCAACGGAACCUUGUGAAGUUUCUUUUAUGGGAGGUCCAUCUGAGCAGUUUCUAGGAUUACCAGGUUUUCAUACAGUCUCUGUUAGAACAGCAAGACGCAGCACGCCGAGAGCUACAUCCUGGUAGCUUGGCUCCUGGCUGUGCGACUGCACGGUGACAUCCAAGGCGGCGGAGCCACUGCCAGGACACGCUGGGCUACGGGGACAGGUUGGGCGUGGCUUUCAGGUCCGCCGGCCGCCAAAAUGGGAAGGGAGGAGUCGCAGAGGGACUGCGCGAAGGCUCUACCCACGAAAGGACUGGCUGCGCCCCAGAACCAGGACGCGGAGCUUCCCUGUUCCAAGCAGGAACAGACUGAGAAAAUCCAAGAAAGGAAGCCCGAGGGGCUGCGGUGGCCCCAUCCUCCCGUCACCCGCGGCCCGGGCUCUGCGACGCCCGUCGCCCCACCCGCGGAAGCAGCGAUGCCUGGCGGAGCCUGGGUGCUGGCGACCGCGCUGAUGCUCCUGGCCCCGGGGGAAGCUCAGGAGUGCUCUCCUGGGGGACAUCAGUUUCUUCAGAGUCCUUAUAGAAGUGUCCAUUUUGACUCGUGGCACCUCCAGCAGUCAGCUGUUCAAGACCUAAUAUGUGACCAUUCCCUCUCCCCCGGAUGGUAUAGAUUUCUCAUCUUGGACAGACCUGCUGAGAUGCCAACCAAAUGUGUUGAGAUGAACCACUGUGGAACUCAGGCCCCCAUCUGGCUGUCUCUGAGCGAUUCAGAAACACUGCCAUCUCCUGGGGAGAUCAAGCAAUUGACAGCUUGUGCAACAUGGCAGUUUUUGUUUAGCACUACAAAAGACUGCUGUCUCUUUCAAAUCCCAGUGUCUGUAAGAAACUGUGGAAACUUUUUUGUAUACUUACUACAGCCAACUCAGGGAUGUAUGGGCUAUUGUGCGGAAGCUAUUUCUGAUGCACAAUUACACCCAUGUGGCUCUGAUGAAACUGAAAUAGGAGGUGAUUGUGUUCGUCAGCUGACUGUCUCAUUGCCACCUCCACCUGCAGGAAGGCCAGAGGUUCUGGUGGAGUUGAUUGAGUCCAGGCUUUUCUGUAGGUGUUCUUUUGAUGUUCCCUCUACAAACAACUCCGUGGGAUUUCACAUAGCUUGGUCUAGGCUUUCUUCUCAAGAAGUCAAAGAGGAGCUGAAACAAGAGACCACAGUUCAGGCAUGCUCUCUUUUAGAACUUGAUGGCAUAAAUCUCAGACUUGGAGACAGGAUAUUCUGUAGCGCUUCUGUCUUUUUCUUGGAUAAUCCACAUGUACAAAGUAUAGCCAUAGAAAGCCAAGAAUUUUUUGCAGGCAUUAAGCUACAGCCUGAAUUGAGCACUAUAUCAGAGGAUGGGAAAGAAUACUACCUGAGGAUAGAAAGCACAAUUCCUAUUAUUUGUUCUGAAUUUAGUGAGCUUGAUCAAGAAUGCAAAAUCUCAUUAAAACUGCAAACUAUUGAUCAAGGUAGAGAGCACCUAGGCUUAAAUUUGGCACUGUCUUCCUGUCAUGUGGACCUUCACCAGACAUCUUCCUGUGCUAAUGGAACCUGUAGCCACACUUUUGUGUACUACACUGCUGUCACAGAUUUUUCUCGAGAUGGAGAUAGAGUUACAAACAUUGUAGUGCAACCAAUAGUUAAUGAGGAUUUUCUGUGGAACAACUACAUUCCAGACAGCAUCCAGAUCAAAGUAAAGGAUGUCCCAACUGCUUACUGCUAUUCAUUUACUGACCCACAUAUAAUUACAUUUGAUGGCAGGGUAUAUGAUAAUUUCAAGACUGGAACAUUUGUGCUUUAUAAGAGUAUGUCACGUGAUUUUGAAGUCCAUGUACGUCAGUGGGACUGCGGAAGUCUUCACUAUCCAGUGUCAUGUAAUUGUGGGUUUGUUGCCCAUGAAGGAGGUGAUAUAGUCACUUUUGAUAUGUGCAGUGGUCAGCUACGUGAAUCACAACCAUAUUUAUUUGUAAAAAGCCAAGAUGUAACCAGGAAUAUCAAGAUAAGUGAAUCUUACUUAGGAAGAAAAGUCACAAUCUGGUUUGCUUCUGGGGCUUUCAUCCGUGCUGAUGUUGGUGAAUGGGGCAUGAGUCUAACGAUCAGAGCCCCUGGUGUAGAUUACAGAAACACUUUGGGACUUUGUGGAACCUUUGAUGAAAAUCCAGAGAAUGAUUUCCAUGACAAAAAUGGGAUCCAAAUUGAUCAAAAUUUUAACAAUUAUGUUGCUUUUAUUAAUGAAUGGAGGAUUUUACCAGGAAAAAGCAUGUUUGACACACUGCCAAUUUCUUUGACGUCACCUGGAAAGCCAUCCUAUUGUAGCUGUUCAGUGGACACUGCAGCGUAUCCAUCUUCCAAUGAUCUGGGCAGUGUUUCUCAAUCAGAAAUCGUCUCGGGUUGCAAAGACCUCAGUCAUGUCAGCUUACCUUCUUUGAUACCAGAACUAGAUGUCACUUCUGAAUAUAUUAAUUCAGGCACUCUUGUCAGAGAGAUAAACAAGCAUACAUCUCAAGAAGAAUAUAAUCUAAAUUUCUUUCCACAAGAAAACAACCACAUAAACCUGACUAAACUAGGCUUAAAUGUACAAAAACAUCCUGGAAAUGAGAAAGAAGAUGCACUAAAAUAUUUGGACACUAAGAAAUAUACACAAGGCCAGGAAAGCCCCAGCCAAGAAAUGAGGUACAAUCGACAAAACAGACGGAAACGGCAAAACUUUUAUGAGUUCCUUCCUUUGUUUGCUUUCCCGAGUCUCAGCCAAACGGAUCUGGAGGAACUUACUUAUUUUUUCCCAGAGGACCACACUGAGGAUGUACAGCAAGAGUUUGUCCCCUCUUGGCCCACACCCUCUGGCCUCACCGAGUACAGCACCUUGACCCUCUGUCAGCAGACUCUAGCCAACUCCAGCAUAGGAAGGCUCUGUCUUGCUUUUCUCGGCAAGAGAAUAGACAGUGUUAUAGAUAUGUGUGUGAAGGAUGUUCUGUUAAAAGAUGAUCUUAGCUGGGCAGAAGCAGGUGUGGCCCUUUUAGAAAAUGAAUGUGAAAAGAGGAUUGUGGAGGAGGGGAAAUAUAACACAGAAGAGUAUGGAACGUCAAUUGAAGACAUUCUCUUAGUGUUAAAAUGUCCCAAUUUAUGCAGCGGCAAUGGGCAGUGUAUGGAAUGGGGGUGUGCAUGUUCCCCAAGCUUUACUUCCUAUGAUUGCAGUGAUUCCUAUGCCAAAUGUGACUCUGAGAUUGAGAAUUUACAGGAGUAUAAUAGCAGUGAAUGGAUGCCUGGAGAACCCAUCUAUACACAGACUGUUUUCCAAAAUAGCAGAGCUGUUGAUUGUCAGCUGCCCAAUGAUGUUCAGCAGUUUGAUACCAUGGAUCUGGUGGGUGGGAAACCAAUUAGGAAGUGGCAGUUGAAGGUAUCUAAUGAUGGUUAUAAAUUCAGUAAUCACAAAAUAAUGGUCAUAUAUGAUGGUGCUUGUCAAUUUUGUGGUCUCUAUAAAAAUGACUCAUGUACUGUAAAGGAAAAUGUUUGCAUUAUUGAUGGACUCUGCUAUGUUGAAGGAGACAAAAAUCCAACCAGCGCUUGUUUGAUUUGUAGACCCAAAAUUUCAAGAUUUACUUGGUCAUUUUUAGAAAACAACCAGCCCCCGGUGAUUCAAGUAUUGCAAGACAAAUUACAGACAUUUUAUGGUGAAAACUUUGAGUAUCAGUUCGUGGCCUUCGAUCCGGAAGGUUCUGACAUCCACUUUACGUUGGACUCUGGUCCUGAAGGAGCAAGUGUUUCCUCUGCAGGGCUUUUUAUGUGGAAAACAGAGUUACUAACUCCCCAACAAUUUACUCUACGCCUUAAUGAUGACUGCGAUGCUGAAACUAGAGUCACAAUUGAGGUGACUGUGAAGUCUUGUGAUUGCUUGAAUGGUGGAUCGUGUGUGUCUGAUAGGAACUUUCCUCCAGGGAAUGGUGUGUACCUGUGUGUCUGCUUGCCUGGCUUCCAUGGUAGCCUUUGCGAAGUCAACACUAGUGGGUGCCAAUCCAACCCUUGUGGUCUUGGCAGCUGUAUUAGUGGUUUUCACAAUUAUUCCUGUGAUUGUCCACCUGAGCUCAAAGUUGAAACACAGUUUUCAAAUAAAUUUACUACACACACUGUGGUUCUCACAAGAUCUGAUAAAAGUAUAAAUAAGGAAGAGGAUGAUAAAGAUGCCCAAGGGAGAAAGAGGCAUGUUAAGCCAACAAACAGAAAUGCCCUUACCAUUUGUAGAUAUCCAUGUGGAAAAAGUAGGGAGUGUGUUGCCCCAAACAUCUGCAAAUGUAAACCUGGUUACAUUGGUUCUAACUGCCAAACUGCUCUUUGUGACCCUGAUUGCAAAAAUCAUGGAAAAUGUAUUAAGCCUAACAUUUGUCAGUGUCUUCCAGGACAUCGUGGAGCAACCUGUGAGGAAGAACAUUGUAACCCACCUUGUCAACAUGGUGGCACAUGCUUGGCUGGGAAUCUCUGCACUUGUCCUUAUGGUUUUGUAGGACCAAGGUGUGAAACAAUGGUUUGUAACAGGCACUGUGAAAAUGGAGGCCAGUGUCUUACACCAGAUAUUUGCCAGUGCAAACCUGGCUGGUAUGGACCCACCUGUAGUACAGCUUUAUGUGACCCUGUUUGCCUCAAUGGUGGUUCGUGUAAUAAGCCAAACACUUGCCUCUGUCCAAAUGGAUUCUUUGGUGAACAGUGUCAGAAUGCUUUCUGUCACCCUCCCUGUAAGAAUGGUGGCCACUGCAUGAGAAAUAAUGUGUGCAUCUGUCGUGAAGGAUACACUGGUAGGAGAUGCCAAAAAAGCAUCUGUGAUCCUAUGUGCAUGAAUGGAGGAAAAUGUGUGGGACCGAACACUUGCUCUUGUCCUUCUGGUUGGAGUGGGAAACGAUGCAACACACCUAUCUGCUUGCAGAAAUGUAGAAACGGUGGUGAAUGCAUUGCUCCCAGCAUAUGCCAUUGUCCUUCCUCCUGGGAAGGAGUGCAGUGUCAAAUACCAAUUUGCAACCCAAAAUGUCUUUAUGGGGGCAGAUGCAUAUUUCCCAAUGUGUGUUCCUGCCGCACUGAAUACUCUGGAGUCACAUGUGAGAAGAAAAUACAGAUAAGACACCAUUGAGUAGCAUCAAGUAUAUGAAUUACAAGCCUGUAUCUUAAGAAUGGAAAUGUUUUGUUCAGAAAAAGUUGGAGAUAACUUGAAGUUUAUUUGAACAUCAUUCAAAAAUAUCUUAAAGACUGAAGAAAUUAAUAAAAUACAUAAUGAUCUCAGUUGUAAUCAUUAGAGAAAAGCAAAGAAGAAAUUCAGGUAAUCUAAAUUUGAUGUUGAGAUGGGAUAGGAUAUUUACAUGUUAAGAUGAUGUAUCUGAUAUUCCAUCCAUUCACAAUAUUUAAUAAACUGAGUAUUUUCUUAGCCCUG